GCCUCUUCAUCUCUCUCAAAGGCCAUUCUCUCUCUCUCUCUCUAUUUUAUCCGUACGUCCUCUCUCUUCGCUUUCAAACCUUUUCUCUGUUGUGGGCUUUCUUUUCCGCUUACUGGAGAAAAAGGUUCUGUCCUAAUUCUGCAGAUCAUUGGUUGUUAUAUAGAUUCCAGCGGACAUCUGAGGGCUUGUGCCUGAAUUGGAAGAUUGAAUCUUUCUGAAAGGUUAGCGAGAGAAUGAAUCGGCGUCAGCAAGUUAAGCGUAGAGUAGGUAAAUAUGAAGUGGGAAGAACAAUUGGGGAAGGGACAUUUGCCAAAGUGAAGUUUGCUAGGAACUCCGAGACGGGCGAAGCCGUGGCUCUCAAGAUUCUUGAUAAAGAGAAAGUUCUCAAGCACAAGAUGGCUGAACAGAUAAGAAGGGAGAUAGCAACCAUGAAGUUGAUAAAGCAUCCGAAUGUUGUUCAACUGUACGAGGUGAUGGCAAGCAGGGGAAAGAUAUUUAUCGUCUUGGAGUAUGUUACGGGAGGAGAACUCUUUGACAAAAUCGUAAACCAUGGAAGAAUGAGAGAAGACGAGGCGAGGAGAUAUUUCCAACAGCUUAUUAACGCUGUUGACUACUGCCAUAGUAGAGGCGUCUACCACAGAGACCUCAAGCCGGAAAAUUUACUUCUGGAUGCAUAUGGAACCCUCAAGAUCUCCGAUUUUGGAUUGAGUGCUUUGUCCCAACAAGUCAGGGACGAUGGCCUUCUCCACACGUCUUGUGGAACACCAAACUAUGUUGCUCCCGAGGUUCUUAAUGACAGAGGCUAUGACGGGUCCACAGCCGACAUGUGGUCAUGCGGGGUUAUACUCUAUGUCCUGCUUGCUGGAUACUUGCCUUUUGAUGAUUCUAAUCUUAUGAAUCUUUACAAAAAGAUUUCGGCUGGUGAAUUCAACUGCCCUCCAUGGCUCUCACUAGGCGCCAUGAAAUUGAUAACUCGAAUCUUGGAUCCGAACCCUAUGACUAGGAUUACGAUACAAGAGGUGUUGGAAGAUGAAUGGUUCAAGAAAGGUUACAAGCCUCCGGUGUUUGAGGAGAAAGAAGAUUCAAACUUGGAUGAUGUCGAGGCUGUUUUCAAGGACGCUGAGGAACACCAUGUGACCGAGAAGAGAGAACAGCAGCCGGCUGCUAUCAACGCCUUUGAGAUUAUUUCAAUGUCAAAGGGGCUCAACCUCGACAAUCUUUUUGACGCUGAAGAGGGAUUCAAGAGAGAGACUAGAAUGACGUUGCGAGGACCGGCCAACGAGAUCGUCCACAAGAUUGAAGAAGCUGCAAGACCCCUUGGGUUUGAUGUGCAAAAGAAGAACUAUAAGAUGAGGCUUGAGAAUGUGAAGGCCGGGAGAAAGGGGAACCUCAACGUCGCCACAGAGAUAUUUCAAGUGGCGCCAUCCCUUCAUAUGGUGCAAGUUCGGAAAGCGAAAGGUGACACCCUCGAAUUCCACAAGUUCUAUAAAAACCUCUCGAAUUCUCUGGAGGACGUGGUCUGGACAAACAACGAAGAGAAGAAAUGAUCGGUUUUAUGAUUCGGGCAUGAUUGGAUAGAUCGUGGGCAUGUUUUGUUCGGUCUUUUGAUCUUCGGAUUCGGAUUCAGUUGCUUGGUUUGGUUUUCUUUCUCACAUUUGAAGACAUUCCUUCAUUUCUUGUCUUUCAUUUCUUUUGUCUGUAGCUUUCCAAGAAGUACAGCUCUCUAUGCAUUCUACCAAUGCAUUGUGUAAGAGCUACUUGUAAAUAUUAGCCUAACCGGUAUGGCUAUUUUAACCGAACCGGUUUGUUUCCCUUUGUAAGUUUGGGUUAUUUCUAGUUGUCAAAACAAAUUUUACAAUGGCAGUGGAAUUCUCUUCUUUGACGAGGAA